AGCAGAGCCACUCUGCUCUCGCUCUCUCGCUCUUGCUCACCCUCACACACGCACAGACUAGCUAACACCGACCAGCAACGUAGAGUCGUCGUGUCAAGCUUUUCGGUCUGCAACGACCAGGUUCGUGUUCGCCGCCGUUCGCCGUUCGCUGUCGCCUUGGCUGGUGUUGUUGGUAUUGUUGCUGGAGUGCUGUUGGAGUUCGACGACGGUUGUCGGUUGUGUGUUGUUGGGCUUUGUGCUUUGUUGGUUGGACAACACACACACACGCGCAUACACAACGGCACAUUGCCGUGGCAGCAGAAGCAGAGGCUGAACUGAACAGCGCCACAGUCGCAGCCGCAGCGAAGACGCGCUCGCCGCUAGCAGUCGCAAAGCAGUCGCGUACUUCACUUCCGCCGUUACCGUUAGCACCACACAAAAACCGGACGACGACAAAAAAAGCUCCCGCCAUCCGUCGCGCCACAAACAGCAGUAGCAGUAGCAGCAGCAGCAGCAGGCCGCAACUGGAGCCCCGCCGCAGCAGCAACAAUAAAUAAACAAUAACUAAUAUUAGCUAUUUUUUCUACCCUCUCUCUAAAUGUAAUAUCAUCCUCUAAAAAAAAAUAUUCAACACAACCACAACAACAACAACAACAACAACAACAACAACAAAAGAAGUGCAAUUUUUUUCAAGUGUGACCAAGUGUGAAAACAGAAAGAAAUCAAAACAAACGAAAACGAAAACAAGAAACCAAAACAGAGAAGGAGGAUCAAAGCAACUCCAAUUGGAAUAAUGUUAAAGCUGUUUCCCAGCUCCUAUUGCCGGAGGGGUAGCGAUAUCUAAUAGACGAGAGACGUGAAAGACGGGGCACAGACACACCGACAGACAAUAUGGGUGGCAAAUGCAAAUGCAAAAAUAAAACAAACGAAACGAACAACUGUUUUCAGAGGCCGCUACCAAAAAAAACUACCAACUGAAAAAAUAUACACACAGCAGCAGCAGCAGCAGCAGCAGCAAUAGAUUAAUCCCCCGUGAAACCGCACCACCGCAAAGGAGUGAAGAGGAGAGUAAGGAGUAGGCCAAUAAGAAGAGAAACGGUUCCUAAAACGAAGAAAGACGGAAGCGGAUACAGGAAGGAAGAAGCAGCAGCAGCAGCAGCAGCAAAUAGAGAGAGUGACCCUUUCGCCUUUGCCUUCGUCCAAGCCAAGGUCACAAGAUCGAAGAUGGCAUCGCAGGAGUAGCCCACAAAGGAUACUUACAUAGCUGGAUACGCAUACAUAUGGAAAGGGAGUCAAAGAUCCAACUGCAUUUAACGCGCGCGUGUGUGUGCAUUGUAUCGUCCUGUAUGUGUGAGUGCGUGUCCUUUUUUUGUUGUGAAACUUGAAGGAUGAGCUAAAGGUAACCGAGUGCAAUAGUAACGUAACCGUAACGGGACCUUGAACAAGGAAUAAGCAACAAAUAUCACAAGAAAAACAAAACAAAAGCUUAAAACAAACAUCGGGCCAUCGUGGGUAGGAAUCGAAAUUCGAAAUUCGAAAUUCGAAAAUCCAAGUUCUGGCAUUGACAGCACACAUAAGGACCGUCGCGGGGGGCACCCCCUGUGUGUGUGUGUGUAGGAGUGUCCGCAGCCUGGAAAAGGAAAUCUUUGGAAAUUGGAAAGAAAAAUGAGAAUUAAAAUGCCAGCGGUCCGAAUUGCACAAGGUGAGUCUUCUAACGGUAACGGCACCAUCAGCGCCGCAACGGGCACCACAUUGUGCGUCCGCCCAGAGUUCCCACGUCUAAUGAUCACUGGUUCCACAAGUGCCACAAGUGCCCCAAGAACAGCCGCCCUCCCAAUCCCAGCCAAUUCUGACUCCACAGAGAACGAUGCGGUUGCCGCACAGGACAUUCUCACGUGCGGCGCCUGCCAGAAGGCAUUCGCCCUCUCGGACAUUGUCAAGUUCAUCCAGCACAAGGUGCUGCAGUGCAACAAGGAGAACUAUGGCCAGUGCUCCACGCAGGGUCCUCAAAUGGACCGUGACGCGGAGGAGGGACGACCCCUGAGCCUCGUCAAUCGCCGGCCCUCGAUCUCGGCCAUACCCAUCACAGGCCGCAAGUCCGCACCAUCCGUGGUGGUCAGCAGCGGCGGUGGUGGUGGUGGUGGUGCUGGUGCCACGGCUGCCACAGCAGCGGCCGUUGCCGCAGCAGCAGCUGCAGCGGCGGCAGCCAGCAGCACAGCCAGCGGCUCCAGGAUACACACCCCGCCACCAAGUCCCGCGGAUCUGCUGGCCGAUGGUGCCAGCAGCACGCCCAAGCGCCUCGUUGACGAGAACGACAACACAACGCCCAAGGACAGCAGCGAGGCGGCAGCCACCAUCGAGGCAUCGAUGCGCGGCAGUCCGGCGGCCAUUGAGCGGCAGGCGGGCGGCGACAGCAGCUGCGAUCUGCUCGAUGAGGAGCAGCAUCCACACACGCCCAAGGUCAAGCAGGAGCCGUAUGCCCCUGACGAGGAUAUGCCCCAUCUCGCAGGAUCGCAGGAGCAGGAGCAGGAGCAAUCCGUUGCCGACUGCCAGCCUCUGGCAAAGCGGCCCAAAAUGGAGCUGGUCGAUGCCGAGGCCAACACAGUCCACACAGAGCCCAGCAAUUACACUUGCUCCACAUGCAAGACCCGCUACACAUCCGCGUGGCGCCUCAUCCAGCAUGUCCAGCACUCGCACGGCGUGAAGAUCUACGUGGAGGCCACUGGUGGCGCCUCAGCCACAGGCACAGGCACAGCCACAGCCACACUCACUGUGGCCACACCCGCCGCCCUCAACAACAGCGCUUUGGCCGCAGCUGCAGCCGCUGCAGCAGCCGCUGCCGCCGUUGCGGCUGGCGUCAGUCCGCAGCCCGCCGAGGCGGCGCUGAAGCGCAGCAGCCCCGCUGGAGCGGGUGUCGCCGCCGUCUCCAUGUCCACCUCCGUCAGUUCCACAUCCUCCGCAUCGCUGGCCAACACGAGCGGCGGCAGCAACAGCAGCACCAGCAGCAUCCACGCCAGCGGCAAUGUCAGCAUCAGCGCCUCGUCCCCCCAGCAGCAGCAGCAGCAGCAGCAGCAACAACAAUUGCAGUUGCAACAGCAGCAGCAGGCGGCGCAACAGCAGCAGCAACGAGUGCAGCAGCAACAGCGUGAGAAUCUGGCGUCGGCAAUGGCCGCCGGAAUGCGGCAUCAUCCGCUGCUGGCACCGCCAGAGGCGAUGCAUGCCAAUCCGUUCCAGCUGCUGCGCAUGCCCCUGCCACCGGCGCUGGCACAGGGCAAUGUAGUUCCUAGCGUGGCGCCACUGUUCGGCCAUGGCCGCCCCUCGCCCGCCGAUCACUAUCGCAUGGAGCAGCUGGUGAGCGAACAGUUCCGGCAUCACGGCUUCAAUCUGGCAGCAGCCGCCGCCGCCGCCCAGGCACAGUUCAAUGCCAACGGGCAGGUGUCCGCCAAUGUUCCUACCGUCGCCAGUGGCGAGCCGCGUCCGCCCUCGAGCUCCAGCAGCGGCAGCCAGCGUGGCUCCGUGCCACCCGCCGCCCUGCCACCGCCGUCGCUCAGCUCCCAGCAGCAGCAGCAACAGCAGCAACAACAGCAGCAGCAGCAGCAGCAGCAGCAGCAGCAACAACAGUCGGGAGGUGCCACCACGCCUGGUCUGGUGGGUGGAGGAGGAGGAAGUGGCUCCUUGAAGCUGGAACCGCAGCAGAUGGAUUUUUACUCGCAGCGAUUGCGUCAGCUUGCGGGCACAACAAGCCCUGGAGCUGGCAGCAUUGUUAACUCGAGCUCGCCGAGUCCUCGACAGAAGCAAUCGCCGCACUUUGCGAGCCCAUCGCCCUCCCAGAUACCCCAGCAGCAGCAUCUCCACCACCAGCGUCCCCACUCGCUGACACCGCCCGAGAAGAGCGGCGGCGAUGCGGGCUCCGAGAAUGGCAGCCUGGGCAGCCUGGGCCUCGCGCUGGCAAGCACGCCGCGGUCGGCCAGUACGCCGCCAUCGAAGGGCAGCCUCAACCUGGGACAGGUGGGAGUUGGAGCAGGAGCAGGAGCAGGAGCUGCAGGGGGCGCUGCGGAGCAGGCCAGCUGCUAUGCGUGCAGCUACUGCGACAAGAAAUUCCGCUUCGAGAACAAUCUGAUCAUCCACCAGAGGACGCACACGGGCGAGAAGCCGUACAAGUGCACCGCCUGCGACUUUGAGUGCUCGCACAUCCAGAAGCUGAUGAAGCACAUGCGGGUGCAUCGCAGUCCUGGCGACGAUCAGGAUGGACAGGAUGGCCCGGACGAUGGCAGCAAUGCCGACUCGCUGGAGACGAACGAGGCGGACAACGAUGAGGAUCCGAAUCCGGAUGAGUCCGAGGAGGAGAUGGGCGACGCCGAUGGGGACAAUGAUCCCGAUGGUGACAUCGAUCCCGAUGCCGAUGGCGAGGGCGAGGGCGACGACGAGGACGAGGACGAGCUGGAUGACUGCGAGGACAUGGACUACAAGGCCGAGGAUCUCAGCGUGAGCAACCGCAUCGACGGCAAGAGCCAGAGCCCCAAGACCACCAGCUCGGGCGCCACCUCCCUGGUCGGCGAGCUGAUGGACAAGUUCGGCCUCUCGAACAUUGCCCAGUACAGUGAGGCGUACAAGCAGGCGCUGCAGGAGUCUGGCCGCAAGGAGGCCGCCUCCGUGGCAGCUGCCGCCGCUGCAGCAGCCGCCGCGGCCGCCGUCGAUAACAACAAUCGUGGCGGCAGCUCCGGUCCGGGCUCUGGCUCGGGAGCGGGUGGCGCUGACAAGAUGAACGGCCUGCCCGUGGCCGCCCUCCGACUGCGCGAUGAGUUCGCCAAGAACUGCAACAUGUUCCAGCAGCCGCAGGACGGGCCCGGCCAGGUGCCGCUCUUCAAUCCCUUCCCCAAUCCCUUCGAGCUGAGCAAGCGCAUGAAGAUGGACGGCGGCGACUGGUGGGGCAUGUCCGCCCUGCACCGCAACGAGGCGCUCUUCGAGAACCUCAAGCUGAAGCCGCUGGGCCUGGGCGGCGCCAAUGCGCUCAUCCAGGGACCGCUGCUCAAGAAGGAGAGUCGCCAGCGCAACGACACCUGCGAGUUCUGCGGCAAGGUGUUCAAGAACUGCUCCAACCUGACGGUCCACCGACGCAGCCACACGGGCGAGAAGCCAUACAAGUGCGAACUCUGCUCCUACGCCUGUGCCCAGAGCUCGAAGCUUACCCGCCACAUGAAGACGCACGGACGCACCGGCAAGGAUGUGUAUCGAUGCCGCUUCUGCGACAUGCCCUUCAGCGUCCCCUCCACCCUCGAGAAGCACAUGCGCAAGUGUGUGGUGAAUCAGGGCAAGGCGGCAGCCGCUGCCAAUGCCGUAGCCGCUGCCCAAGCGGCCCAAGCCGCCGCCCAGCAGCUCCAGGCAGCCGCCCAGCAUGCCCAGGCCGCCCAACAGCAGCAGCAGCAGCAGCAGCACCAACAGUCGCAGCAGCAGUCGCAGCAGCAGCAGCAGCAGAUGCCCGUGCAGUCGCAGCUGUCGCCCAGCUGCCCCAUGGGCGUUGUCGGCUAUCCGCCACAGUUUGGAGUCUCCGUUGGGGGCCACAACCUGUCGCUGCCGGGCAGCGUUAGCGGGGACAACGACUCGAAUGCAUCCUCCAGCCUCAACGCUCAUCCCAUUUCGCUGAAGGAGGAGGCAUGACUUUUUAGCAGCUGGAGCAGCGCGCCACACCAACACCCACACUCGCAUCCACACUCGCAUCCACACCAACACCCUCAUUUGCAACAACUGCCACUACAUGCGGUACAUCCACAUCCACAUCAGCAUCCAACGCUCUCGCAUCCCCAUCCGCAGCUGCAGCUGCAGGGUCCGCUGGUAACGGCACCGCCGCCAACGCUUCACCAAUUGGCGAGCAGCAGCAGUCGCAGUCGCAUCAUGUCGCGCAUCUUUUAAAGAUGUCCACAACUGCAUGUCCUGUGUAUAUAGAGUCCUUCCCUAUCCCUUGCCCCCAGGUUGACAUCAAGUUACGGUUAGCAGCAGCCGCCACGGAUACCCUGCAACUUUUACAAAAAGAUUGCCCCCAUGCCACCGCACCCCACGAGAGACACCGCCAGCUGCACUCAGCCAAGCUCCUUGAAGGCGAC